AUGGUGAUAGCAACCAAGACGGACGUUUCAGCUGGUUCUCGACACGACAGCCAGCAGACCUUGUUGACUCCUUCUGUUUGCUUCACCCCCCCAGACAAACGUGUUGAUGAUUGGCCCUUGAUGCAGUCUCCAUUUCCAACCCUGACUAUAAGCACUAUUUAUCUCCUCACUGUCUGGCUGGGCCCCAAAUGGAUGAAGACAAGAGAGCCCUUCCAGUUACGUUUCCUGUUGGUUGUUUACAACUUUGGAAUGGUUUUGCUCAACUUCUUCAUUUUCAAAGAGCUGUUUUUGUCAUCAAGAGCUCGAGGGUACAGCUAUGUCUGCCAGACUGUGGAUUAUUCAGAUAAUGUAUAUGAAGUUAGGAUAGCUGCUGCUUUAUGGUGGUAUUAUGUCUCUAAAGGAAUAGAAUAUUUGGAUACAGUAUUCUUCAUCCUGAGGAAGAAAUUUAACCAAAUUAGUUUCCUUCAUGUCUAUCACCAUUUCACCAUGUUCACCUUGUGGUGGAUUGGUAUUAAGUGGGUUGCAGGCGGACAAGCUUUUUUUGGAGCUCAGAUGAAUGCAUUUAUUCAUGUCAUUAUGUACAUGUAUUACGGAUUAGCUGCCUGUGGCCCUAAAUUUCAGAAAUACCUGUGGUGGAAACGAUACUUAACCAUAUUGCAACUGGUGCAGUUCCAUGUGACUAUUGGCCACACAGCCUUGUCUAUUUAUAUUGAUUGUCCUUUCCCUAAAUGGAUGCACUGGGGUGUGAUUUUCUAUGCUGUCACCUUCAUUCUCCUGUUUGGUAACUUCUACUAUCGGACAUAUAAGCUGCCCAAGGAACCUGUAAAGAAUGGCAAAAUAGCAAAUGGUGCUGUUGCAAAUGGAGUAAGCAAACCAGAAGAUAAUGCAGUAGUGGAAAAUGGAAAAAAGCAGAAAAAGGGAAAAGCAAAAGGAGAGUAACUUGAUCCAGGCCUUAACCGUUGUUGGCAGUGAGGAACCUCCAGUUUGGUUUAUAAAAGGAAGAAAAAAACACUAUCUGUACCAAUUAACCUUAGGUUACUGAAGAGCUAGAACACAGAUAUUUUCAUUAUUUAUGAAGAUUGUUUUAAGAACAACACUAAAGUUGAAUUUCUAUUGUAAUUAUGUAAUUAUCAUGCAUAUGACCUCUGUGUAAACUUGUAGACUGCUGGUGUUGGUGAAUAUAAGGAAGAAUUGCAGUUGAUUCCAUGUUUAGCAGUCCAAAAGUUAAUACUACCAUUGAUACAGGCAGUUUUGUUGGCACCCACAUUUCUUUGGGGGAGGGAGGGGAAGGAAGUAGCGUUUGGAUACUUGUGUUUUCUUUCCAGAGAAUUAUUAAAUUUCAAAUU